CCACCCAUCCGCUUAUACUAUAACCUCGUUAGUCUAAGUGACGUAAAGCAUUCGCGACUAGCCGUGUAUAGUGAACACGUAGACGCUACCCAGUGUCGUGGACCUAAUCGGACCCACAGAUUAUAUAGUGAUCUCACAAAUAAAAGAUAACCCUGUAGCUGCAUUUAUUAUUCAGUGACUGCGCUAACCUAUAGCCAGGAUGGCGCCCUUUACAGGUAAUCAUGAAGAUAAAGCAAGGGCAUAAUGCUGAUAAUGGCAAUAUUGCCACAGUUUUACGAAAUGAGAAUUUUUCACAAAGAAAUUUAGAUAACAGAAGUUUGUUUGUAUCAGACAAUAUAGACGCGAAUAUCACACAUAGUAAUUUACAUAAUAGACGCAACUUUCAAGAAAAUUCUAACAGUUACCACAACGUCUCAUUUGAGAGGACUAAUAUAUUAGAAAACAACAGCCUAACUCUAGCACCUGGCAGUAUUCAACAAGAAAGAACGAUAGAUGAAGAACUGGAAGUCUGCAAUAGACAAUAUAGAAUCAACACUCAGAAUAGCAUAAACUUCGGAAAGUUGUGUAAUAAGGACAAAACAGCCAAUCUGGAGGAAUUCAGUGUAACAUCGACUGAAAGAUUUCUAGGAGAUCCAGAUGCAUAUUCUAACACACCUCUUGACGACGAACGAGCUUUUGAUCAGUCAGAUACAGAUGAAAUGUCUGAAAACGGCGUUCAAACAUUACCUAGAGGAAUAGUUAAUCCGAAUUACCCUGGGUUUCAACAUUUAGCACAUACCUUGCAGGAUUAUUCUUCAAAUAUAGAAAAUUUUUAUCAAUCAGAAAAUGACAUGACUGAUGAUGACAUAGAUCUCGAAAUCACAGAAUUAAAUUACGAAACUGAAUGUGAUCAAAAUUCCACAUUAUCAGAAUUCAAAAAUAUUAAUAAUAAUAAUAUUAUUUGUGACAUAAAAGAUUCUAAAUAUUCUCUAUCUCAAGAAGAAGCUAAGAAGCAAGAAAUCGAAAAAAUAGAUAGCCAUAUAAAAAAUGAAAUUCCUGAUCUCUUGAAAACUAUUUCUAAAAAUAAUAAUAAUAAUAUCGAGCUAAAUAACUACGAUUCUAACUACUCUGAUACUGAUAUUGAGAACAAUUUUCAUGCUAAGGAUAUAAUAGGUGAUUUCAAUAAAGAAAUUGAGGAUGAAAUAAAACAACUACUGAAUUAUAACAUCAAUAUUCAGGACGACCUUGAAGAAUUAAGGAAAGAUAUAAAGGAAACUUUCGCUAAGCCUAUUGAAACUACGAUUAACAAUAUUAGUGACGUUGUUAACCAUGUUAUAAAGAGAUUAGUAGAAACACAGACUGAUGUGUAUGACCAAUGUGACGAUAAGUAUACAGAAAAUAAUGAAUGCAAUGAAAAAAUUAUAGAAAUUUAUAACAUUAACAAAGAAAAUGAAAAAAAUACUAGAACAGAGAUGAAUCUUAGUAGGCCUACCUUUUUAUUAUUAGAUAGUAGUAGUAACACAACAAUUGCAGACGCUUUUCUAUCAGAUGGUAAAGAUGAAAUUAAUGUUUACGAUAGUGAAUAUGAUACAGAAAAAUUAAGCACUAAUGUUGAAAAUACUAUUAAACAGCUCAGCACAGAAUUGAGAAAAAUAAUACCAAAACUCGAUGAAAUGCGUGAACACGAUAAAUUCUGGACUACUAGUAGAAAAGACUCAAUUGUUACAGAUAGUAAUUCAAAUGAAAUAGCUAGUUCUUCGAAAUGCUUUGACUGUCCUUUUACUGCUAAUAAUAGUAAAAACAAAUCACUUAAUGAUAUUAAUGCUAUUAACAACUCUGUUAAGGUCACCAUUGAACACAGACCAGCCAAAGAACGGCAAAAAGAUAUAAAAUAUAGCAAGAAAUGUUUACGAAACUCUCAAAGCACCAGCCCAUCCGUCCGUAAUGAAAACAGCAGUGAUAGAGAUUGUGAUUUAGAAAGCUUCGAUGUAUACAAUAUUGAAACAGCUCUACCAAAAUUAGAUUUGGAUGCGAUUGAACACCACAUAAAGGCUGCUAAAGAAGCAGAAAGGCGGAAACGCAAUGAUAGAGAAGAGAUAAGAAGAAGAUUAGCUAUGGGUGCUGACGCUGAGGAGUAUUACAGCUUAGGCCAUACAGAUCGCCCUGGUAAAAAACCAAGUCUACAUUCUCGACUACAAAAUGGGAUGAAUCUACAAAUUUGUUUCAUGAACGAGACAGCAUCUGACAAUGAAUCUCAGGCUUCUGAUGGAGAGAAAAAUUUAAGUACUAAAAGUUUAUCCCGAUCCAGCAUUUUCAGCAAGUCAAACUAUAAUCACCCCUAUCAGACAAGGCCAUUGUCUGUCAAUAUUACAAAACAUGACAAAAUGAGCACUGUGCAAAGUGGUACAAAGUUACGGCCAACCUCACUGACAAAUAAACCUAAAACACGGUCAUCUCAUUCCAUGGGGCAUAUUGAACUUAAAGAAUCUGACUUUUAUGCUUUACAAGCAACAUUGCAGACAGAAGCAAGAAUUGCAUUAGCUCAAGCAAAAGAAAUGGCUCGCAUACAAAUGGAGCGCGAACGCCGCGGCCGUCCGGUGUCGCCUGUGACGGAGAUGUUGCGCCGGAGCAUGGAAAAAGCUAAUGCACCUCUUGCCGCCGACAGACGCCGCGUUUCGCGACAAUUGCUCACUGACAUGAAUAUUGCACAGUUGCAGGUUAUAGUAAAUGAGUUGCAUUCGCAAAUUGAGUCCUUGAAUGACAGUCUAGUGAAAUUAUUGAUGGCGCGUGACGAGUUACACAUGGGACAGGACUCCAUGCUUGUUGACAUUGAAGAUCUCACCAGAUAUUUGGGUGUUAAGGAGCAGACAAAAAAGACCAAAGGUACUACAAAAUCCGGUGUGCGGAGACUCACAUCGUUAGUGCACAAAUAAGCACUUAUAUGUUAUAAUAUUAGACAUAUAAUAGCAACUUGUAUACUAUUUAGUACAUUAUGGUUGCUAUAAUAUUUAAGCUAUAUAUAGUGCGACGAAAGAUAGUAAUCGUGUUCACUAAACCAGUUGCCCACUGAUGUAAGUGUAAAUUAAUCGCAAAUUGAGUUUUGUUCAAAGUAAUUUAAGGUCUAAAAUCUAUUGGCCAUAAGUUAGAUAUAAUAUUAAUCCCGAACAUACAUCAUCUCUCCUCGCACUGUAAAUUGUUUUGAAAUC